AUGAGCAAUAAGCAAGUAUAUUGGAAACAUGUUCAUUUGAAAGAGGAUAGCUUUUCAAAUGCAUUGUUGAACACAAGUGGGUUUGGCUACGACCCAAUUAACAAAUGCAUUGAGGUCGACCCCCAAGUAUGGAACGACUAUGUUCAGAAAUAUCCAAAUAGAAAAAAGUACAGAGGGCCAAAAGUAUGGAGAUACUAUGAUGAGUUCGCCGAGGUAUAUGGCGAAUCUCAUGCAACUGGGCAAAAUGCAGUAACAUUAAACAACGUGCUACAAGCUGAGACUGAAUCACUCCCAUCUACACCUGCUUUCCAGAAUUCACCUUCUUACAUGCAGUUUGACAGUGAACAGUCAUUUACACAGACGCCAAAUGAUGGUACACCCCUACAAUCGCCACUACCUACAACUCCUACAACUGAGAAUCCGACAACCAAUACAAGUUCACAUAGGUCAAAACGGAACAGGUCAACCAAUGAUGACACGUAUUACAAUUUGUUGAACGGUAUAGUUAAAAAUGUGGACGCCCUAACACAUACUUCUAGAGGGUUUCAAUAUGCCAAAUGUUGUGAAAUUUUACAAGAGAUGGUGGACACAGGGCUACUAGAUAGUCAUACAAGACUGCUGAGUCUGGACCUGUUAGGAGAGGGAACGAAUUCCAUGAUCUUUCUCAACGUUCCACCUGAAGACCGGCUAACAUGGUUGUCGCGUAGACUUGGUACUUUAUAG